CGCUUUUCUAGUGCCAUUAUGGAUGAUUACUCAUACGCCUACAUUUCCGAGCCCGUGGAGUUUCGGCAGCUGGAGGGCAGGGCCAUUGAUUUUCGCAAGACCUUUGAUGUGCGGGGCCAGGGCGUCGAUGAAAUGCUCCAGUUGUACCUGCGGAAGGCCAACCUGUCCGACGACCUCGAUCGUCUACCGGCCAUCAUGCGGCGCGCCUACGUCUAUGACAUAAUUAGGAGCAAUAAGGGGCCCGGUUAUUGGGUGCCGCCGUCUAUGCAAGUGAGCAGCGACGUGUUCGCCCAUCCGCCGCCAGCAGUCCGCCCUCCGCCAUACUACGCCGACAACGCCAGCAUCAACGGAAGUCUUGACGGCAUGAAGAGCUCGUCCUCGUCAAACAGCCUGGACAGGUAUGCCGGUGCCCCGCCUGCCGUUGCCCUGGCGGGUCCCAGCUUCGCCACCAGUGUUUUGGUCAGCAGCAAGGGCUCCAAGUACGAGAUUAGCGGCCCCGUCAACUUCCAGCAUGUAUCCGGUGAUGUGACACGGGAUCGCACAAGGAACGCCUUCGAUCUGAACGCCGAGUCCAACGACAAUGUGUUGCGGAAGUACAUGAUGGAGCGGGGCAUUACGGAGGCGGAUAUUAGUGACAUGCGGCGCCAGGACGUUAUCAAGAAGAUUGUGCACUCAAACUUCACGUGGAUGCCCACCAAGAGUGAUCUUCAGGCCAAGCCUCAUGUCCAGGAACCGGUCCGGCCGCUACUCUACGCCACCAUUUCCACCAACAAUCAGAUUACUCCUCCGCCCUCGCCUCCGCCGGUACCAAUGGCAACCGUUGCAAAGCCGGCGCCGGUUCCGAACUUCUCCAACUAUGCCUCGCUCACCUCACGCUUCGUUGAUAUCUCGGACAUGGAUCUGCCUGCUCCAGGAUCAGUUCCUCCAGAUUCCGUCAGACAGCAAGAGGUGGGAUCCGUGAUUCCCGUUUACGUCCAGCCACAGCAGCAGCAGCAGGUUAACAGACCAAAAGUGCCUCCGCCUCCCUCGGCGGUCACAGCGAACAACUCGCACGCACAUGGGUACCCUGCGGCCAUCGACAUCCGCCAGGUGAGGCCCUCUCCUACUCAGAAGGCACCGACUGCGACAUACGCCACAAUAUCGCCUCAGCGCAAAGCGGGCACCAUGCGCAUUCCUCCACCUGCGCCGCCAAAGCCAACGAUAGUUCCAAACACCAACUCGACGGCUUCGAUGUCACAGGUGCAGUACGCGCCAGCUGCUAAGCCACCGCCACCUACUCCUCCGGUCAAACCGACUGGAGCUAGAACACCAUCUGCUUAUAUACCGCCGGCUGUGGUACCGAAGCAAGUGUACAAUCAUGUCCCAGCUGCACCGCCACCGAUCCAAAUGCAAAACAAUAAACUUGCAAGUGGUCACGUACCUUCUCCACCACCGCCUCCAGCACCAUCUGCAGCCGUUCCUCCACCGCCGCCUCCAAUGCCGAUUGCCGCUGCAGGUGGAGCGCCUCCACCCCCGCCGCCUCCACCAGCUGGUAUGGCCGGUGUUCCGCCACCACCGCCUAUGCAAAAGUCUCAGCCAACGGCUGCUCCUGUAGCCUCUGCCGGCGGAGAUGAUCGGGGCGCGCUCCUCGCCAGUAUUCGCCAGGGAGUAGCAUUGAAGGUAUGUCCAUAUUCCAGAGCAAUAACAAAUAUGCACGGAUUUCUUAUUCUCCUCCGAUCCUUGCAGAAAGUGGACCAGAAGGCGGCCACAAUAAGCGGUAUCAAGCCGCGACCCGAACGAAAACCAGCGACCACCGACUUCCUGAGCGAACUUAAGCUGGGUAUCACGCUGCGGCGGGUGAAGAAUCCGGCAGAUAAUCCCUAUUCCGACGAGUCGCAGGCGUAAACAAAUUUUGGCGGCUAAACUUUUCACGGCGGAGCACUUUACAACACUGGCCGCCGCUACCAGUGCUGGAGACUGAGCAAUUCCGCGAUUCGCCAAUUCAAAUUCUUAUUAAUUUUUAACAUUAAUCACCAUGACAAAUGAGCACCCAAGCGUUUGUAAAUAAAAAUAUUGUUUUUACUAGA